AUGAAGGUGAAAUGGACCAAGUUAGGCAUGGUGGUCUUUUUGCUAAUAUCCUUGGUCAUGACGGGAUGCUUUAUUUGGCAGUACAGGAUGCCAAAAUUAAAAAUAGGUAAGAGUCAAAGGAGAAUUUCCCAUCCCAUGAGGAUGUGCCCUCGUUUCCCUGAGCCAGUACUCCUGGAACAUCCCAUCCCUGCACUUAAGGAAGCAUUAGAAAAGAUAGAUGUUGUCCUAAGGUUAAGUAUUCAUGACACUACACUACCAGCUCUGUCUGCCAUCGUUGUCUUCAACGAUUCUGUGUUGUGGAACGGAAACUUUGGCAGAAGGAACGGGAGUGAUCCCUCCUCGCCUCCACCCAAUGAAUACACAGUGUACAGAAUUGCUAGUCUCUCAAAGAUCUUCCCGACACUGAUGCUGUACAAGCUAUGGGAGGAGGGGAAGGUGGCCUCCUUGGAUGACCCUAUUGAGAAGUAUGCAGCAAACUUCACCAUCAAGAACCCGCUGGGGAAGCGGCGGGAAGUUGUGGAUGGCAAGGCUGGUUCUGACAGAGAUACACAGCCACGCUCUCCCUCUGUCACCCUGCGCAGGAUGGCCGGUCAGCUCUCUGGGUUACCCAGGCGGCUUCGGGCAACAAAUCUACUCUGGGGUGGUGACACAGAGGCUGCUAUAGAUCUAUUACAGGAUGAUGUCCUAGUGGCAGACCCAGGCACCAAAUGUCACUACAGCAAUGUGGCCUUCUCUUUAUUGGCUAAUGUCUUGGCCGAGAACUUUGCAAAAUCCGACUACGAGAGCUGGGUGUCCGACAACAUCCUGGAGCAGCUGGGGAUGGAGGACACAGGCUUUGAUAUAACCCCAGCCAUUCAGAGCCAGAUGGCGGUGGGCAUGUACAGCAGCGGCCAAUCGGCACCCCUCUACGACCUGGGCUGGUAUCGGCCCGCUGGCCAGAUGUACUCCACGGCGGCCGACAUGGCCAAACUGGCCAUGGUGCUUCUGGGGGCCUACAGCCGGCCCCUCCUCCAACAUGACACCCUGAAGACCCUGCUGACCCCUCUGUUUCGCUGCCACCAGGGCUACUUCGCCAACUACACCGGCACGCCCUGGGAGGUCAACGAGCAGCUGGGCUACGAGGUGGUUCGUAAGGACGGAGACCUGGACGGCUACGCCACCACCUUCUCCCUGGUUCCCCGACUGAAGCUGGGCCUGGUGGUGCUGAUGGCCGGGGUGAGGCCGCCAACAAUGGACGGGGAUCUGGUCAACCAGGCCUACAGCCACCUCAUCCCAGCCAUGGAGAGCGCUUUCAGGAAUGCACAGCGCAAGCUCUCGCCGCCGCCCGACCCCACGCCCUAUGUGGGCCUCUUCACCUACCAGAACAUGACCUUCUAUGAGAUAAAGGCGAGUUUGGGCGGGGUGCUGGUCAUGCAGCAGUUUGGGCCCCAGGUGGACACCAUGAUACUGGCCAAGUACAGGACUAUCAGGCUGGACUUCCUGCAGGAGAGGGUGUUCAGGGUGGUGUUCGAGGGGGAGUACCCCUGCAAACUGAAGGUCAACAGCAUGUCAGUGUCUCUGGAGACCCAGGACAGGCAACUCUUUAACUUCUAUUAUUUCAACAAGAAGGGCGUGUCGCCUGGAUUCGACUCUCCUGGGCUCAACACUUACAAAGUGCUCCGGAUAGCUCGACGGCCAAUCUUCAACAGUUAA